UUCAAUCGCCAAUGGAGAAGACAUCAAACGAAUCUAAUACUCGUAGAUUCAGAGUUUUGAUGUUUCCAUGGCUAGCUCAUGGCCACAUGUCUCCUUAUUUGAACUAUCCAAGAGACUUGCCAAAAACAACUUCCAGAUUUACUUUUGUUCCACUGAGAUCAAUCUGAGCUUCAUCAAGAAGGAUAGAAACUUCGACGAGUACUUCUCCGAUCAUUCAAUAGAAUUAGUGCAACUUGAUUUGCCACACUUCCCUGAACUCCCUCCACACUAUCACACAAAAAAAAACCUCCCACCCCAUCUGAAUCCAACCCUUCAUGUUGCUUUUUACAUGGGAAAGACCAACUUCCAAAACAUCCUAAACAUUUUGCAGCCAGAUUUGCUAAUAUACGACAUGUUCCAAGCAUGGGCCUCGGAGCUGGCUUCACUGUUUCAUAUCCCAUCUGUUCUUUUCUUAGGCAGUGGAGCAGUUUUCUGGUCUUGGUCGUACUUUUACGACAUCAUCAAUAAAGGAUACUCCGGUAUCGUUGGGACUUACCCUUUUCCUGCAAUUUUUCUCCGGGAUUAUGAAAUAAAGAAGAUGGCAGCAUUUCUCCAAGAAUAAAAAAAAAAAAAAGUUCCCGAAGAAGUUGUGCUAUCCAAAACUAAGAGCUUUGAAGUAUCUUCUGACAUUGUUUUGCUGAAAGCCUGCAGAGUGAUUGACGGGGAAUACAUUGAUCACUUAUCUUCCUCUCGUGGGAAGAAGAUUUUAGCUGUCGGUCCUCUUAUUGAACUAAAACAUGAUGGUACCAAGAUGGAGGAGACGGAAAACAGUUCCCAUAUCAUUGAAUUUCUGAAUGGUAGAGAGGAAUCAUCAGUGGUUUAUGUUUGUUUCGGGAGCGAAUACUUUUUAUCCGAGGAAGAAAGGGAAGAGAUGGCAUACGAGCUGGAGCUGAGUAAUGCUAACUUCAUAUGGGUAGUCAGAUUCCCCGUGGGACAUGCCAUUGCCCUUGAAGAAGCUCUAGCAGAAGGGUUUCUCGAGAGGGUGAAAGACAGAGGUGUGGUGGUGGAUGGAUGGGCACCGCAGGCUAAAAUUCUUGAGCAUCCAAGCACUGGUGGUUUUGUGAGCCAUUGCGGAUGGAGUUCUUUUAUGGAAAGCUUAUAUUAUGGGGUUCCAUUGUUAGCCUUGCCCAUGCUUUAUGAUCAGCCUUUCCAAGCUAGAAUUGAGUCACAAGUUGAGAGAAGAAGGUGAAGGGCAGUUGCAUGAAGCAGUAGAGAAGCUCAAGAGCUUAUGCAGCAAGAACCAGUCGCAAGAAUAGUGAAUCCAAGGAAUCCCAUGUAUCUCAAUUGUUUACGACCUUUUUUUUUUUUUUACUCAUUAAUAUUUUAUGGUAUGGAUUGUGUGAAGUUUAUUCACUCUAAUGUUUAUGUGAGGACGAUGUACGCCAAAGAAAAAAUGGCCAUCA